GCUAUUUCAUUGAUUUCUACCCAUGUGGUCGUCAACAGAGUUCGGUGGCUUCCCAGCUGGCCCUGACUAUGGAGGGGGAUAUAUGGCAUCCACAGCUGGUUCUUCGAUAGCAAAAAAACCCGGCAACCUUGGUAAUGUAGUGCCUUGUACAUGUGCUGAAAUUCUGGCUGCCACACAGGAAGGCGACCGCUUCAUUUCCCCUGCGGGUAUCGAGUUUUCACAAGUAACGGUAGUUGGCGUUGUGCGCUCCGUUACCGAAUCAGCCACACGUAUCGAAUAUGAAAUCGAUGACUACACUGGUCCUUAUAUGCCAGUGAAAUUGUUCCUUGAAGAUCAAGACACUCCUCAAGCAGUUCCACAAUCAAGGCCGUUCCGUGAAUUAUCUUACACGCGUGUUUGCGGACAUGUGCGGAUUUUCCAAGGUUCUAAGCACAUAAUUGCAUUUCGGGCGAUUCCCAUUAAUGAUAUCAAUGAAAUAACGACCCACAUUUUGGAAGUCAUCUUCGCUCGGAUGCAACUCACCAAGUCUAAACUAGAGGAAUCUAAUUUGGGUUUCGAACAGAAGAUUGCCGGCACUUCUUCUUCCACUUCGUACACAGGUCUGGGAGCCAACAGCAAUGGCCUUACCGUGCUGCAAAACCAGAUUCUCUCUAUCGUACGAGCGUUCGUGGGAGAACGGGGUAUUCCGGUAUUUCAACUCUGUGAAAAACUUCGUGGUAUCCCUGAGCGACAAAUAAGGGAGGAUUUGGAUUUCCUCAGUGCUGAAGGGCAUGUUUACUCAACUGUGGAUGAUGACCAUUUUCGGGCCACCGAGGUGUAAUCUAAGAGAAAUGUCAAUUUGAAAGCAUUUUGCAUGAUCUUUGAGCAUGUCAACCUACUUUUUUAAUCUAUCGACGUAAAGAUUAUUAUAUACAUCUUUCCCUCAAA